GGAGGUACGAGUACGCGAGUAGGUUCGAUUCGACAGGUGGACAAACGUGGUGCGCGAAUCGUAGGUACGUCCUUCGUAGUACUGACCGGACAGGACACAGUGUCGGAACAAGGGACGUCGCUGACAAUUUUAGUGAAAGUCGGAAAUUAAAUAUUACUUUUAGAAUGUACUUUGCACAUAAUAGGUAAACAUUUACCUACGAUCAACAAUUUUGUUUCACAACCGUGCGCGCGGGACAAAACGAGAAGUAGAAUCGCCUAAGUCAAAUGCCGUUCAUGAUCAGUAAAGUGGUGGUGACAAUUUUUGCAAAAUCGACGUCGUUUUAAGUACGCCAACGAUUAUGUCGUCUGUUUCGCGAUUUCGAAUGUGAAAUGUUCGAUACAUGUCAAACCGUUAGCAACGGACCAAACUGCACCGACGUAGCGGAGAAAAUUGUUCAACUUUUCGGAUGGAGGCAGACGUACAACGUUGAAAAACUGCAGAGGAAUGUCCCCGGGCGAUCGACAACAAAAAUCUCUAUUACCCGACCCAGUUCCGUCAGAGAAAAGUCAGUCUCAAAAAAGAAUCCAGACUCUUGGGUUGCCGUUCACAAUUUACAAUCCCAAGGAGGUGGUAUAUUAGAUCCCGAUGAUCGUCUUAGCGACGUCGCAGACGAUCGCGAGCAGAUCUUGGCUAGUUUCGAAGACGGAGAUGCAUCUCACCAUCACGGCGGUGGGGAUGGGGCCAGCGGAAGUUCGGUAGGGACGGGAAGUCCGGACAUAUUUCACGACGGUGAACACAAAUACGGACCAAACUACCCCAGAACGGACAUCGAGGUGACCGGCGAACAAAUAGCUUCCGGAGUGCCGAGUCUUCAGGUACGACGCGGCAGCGAACCGACGUUAAACCAAUUGCCAGCUGGACCACCUACCCCCUCCGACCAUACCAAGAGAUGGAGCGCGGCGCCUUUGAUCUUAGAGCCCACCACGUCCGGCUACAUUAGCCCCGAGUGGAUGGAAGAUUGUAGAGAAGAUGAAGGCCAGGGUUUUAAAAGGGUGGCCAGGGAUGGUAGUAACCGGUUAUCCAUGCAGUUUCUGGGCGAGGGCGGCGGCUUUCGCUGGGCGGAAGCCGCCGAAAGGGUGGCCGCGAAUACUAGAUCUCACGCCAGCACUUCUCUGCCCAGAGAAACGAGAAGGCGGGAGCCUCUUGGUCAGGCCAAUAAUUCUACUAGCCCCACUCCUUUCCCCGGCGGUGACGGGGAUUUGAUCGUGAUACGAAACCAACCGGGUCCGCUAGGUAUACACGUGGUACCCGACUACGACGGUUCCGGCAAAGAUAGGGGUCUGCUGGUUCAAGGUAUCGAACCAGGGGGGCGGAUAGAUCGGGACGGGAGACUUGCUAUUUACGAUAGGAUAAUAGAAAUAAACGGUCAGAAUUUGAUAAACAUUCCGUUUCAAAGAGUCCAAGAAAUAUUUAAGUUAUCGCUAAUAUCCCCCGAGUUAAGACUGAAAGUAGUAAAGGCGUCGGGUCUAGAAAGUUUAAGGAAACCUCCGCCUCCGGUGUAUCCUCAUUUCGCGGAGGACAAAGAGAAUUCCGGAAUGGUGGAGUGUGGCGAACAGAAACAAAGUACAAACACUAAAGUAGCGACGGUAUCACCAACGAAAAAGGUGCCGGCCAUUUCCAAAAAUUUGAAAGGUCUUCUAACGGCGAAUACCAGGAAAAUCGGUAGGAAAAUCGAAAUCGAACUGGUUAAAGGUCCGCGAGGACUCGGUUUCAGUAUUACCACCAGGGAUAAUCCAGCGGGUGGAAAUUGUCCGAUUUACAUUAAAAAUAUUAUUCCUGAGGGAGCGGCGGUAGAAGACGGUAGAUUAAGAAUAGGGGAUCGGCUUCUGCAGGUGAACGAAGAAGAGAUGACUGGAAAGAGUCAAGCAGAUGCGGUAGCGAUAUUAAGAAAAGUAGCGCCGGGCAGUAAAGUUAAAAUCGUAGUUUCCCGACAGGAAGACGUCCCCGACAAUAAUUUACCCAGGAUUAUCGGAAUCGAUGAGACUGAAGAGAAAGAAGACGAACGGAACGCAGAAAGAUUUAACAGUAAUACGGACGUACCCCCAAAUAUUCCUCCGUUACCUCAAAGUCACCUUCAGGCACUGCAAAACAGAACACCCGAAAAGGGCGGUUCAGUUGCCAAAAUUAUUUCCCAAUUCCAAGAGGCAGCCAACAUAAGCAAUCCACCGGAGAAAAUCGACAACACUAUGAUCUUUCCUUGGAAGCACAGAGAAAUUUUGACUUUUAACAUACCAGUGCACGAUUCAGAAAAGGCGGGCCUAGGUAUUAGCGUAAAGGGAAAAACUAGCGAAUCCGGUGAUUUAGGAAUAUUCAUUAAAAGUGUCAUACAUGGCGGAGCUGCGUCGAGAGAUAAAAGACUGCGCACUAACGACCAACUUUUGAAUGUAAACGGCAUAUCUUUGCUCCAACAAUCCAACAGCGACGCAAUGGAAACUUUAAGAAAAGCAAUGCUUCACACGGAGGGCCCCGUUCCCGGCAAUAUAACGCUAACGAUCGCCAGAAGGGCAUCAUCUCCGGGUGCUAAUAGAAACAGGUCCAAUGAAAGUCUACUAAAUACUUCAGCUUCUCAAGAUCUGUUCAAUUCCGUGGAAAAUUCCACGGAACCCUCCAGUGAAAACUCCAAUUCCAAUACUUCCAAUGGGUCUACUAAUACGGUUAUUUUUAACCCGCACCAGAACGGUUUUGAUGGUAACCUCCAACAUCAUCAGUUGAGUCCAAUGCAUACCUGGAACCCAGUGCUUGAGCGACUGACUGGAAAACAGCAAUUAAGAAACGAGAGUUAUUAUAAGGCGACUCACGACACGUGGAGUAGCAGUAUGAUGACUAAUAAUUCUUUUGGUAAUAUGACCAGUAGUACUAUCAACAUGGGUACCGCAGAACCGAUAUUAAUAGAAGACGAGUAUGGAUCAAGAGUCAUUCCCCUUCAAAAGCAACAGAGUAAUAGUCAAAUAAUAAACAAACCCAAAGUAUUAAACGGAACUACACCAGAAAACAGAAAAGACCACGAACCUGACGGGAAAGCCAGCAUGUCCACAAGCAACCAGGACAAAACCACUGAUACUUCUUCCCAAACCACUGUCCUUAAUACGGACGCUACCUAUGCUAGCCAAUUGUCGCUCGAGAAUCCGCAAGGCUUUUCAAGAGAUGCUUUUGGAAGACAAAGCAUGUCUGAGAAAAGACACGCCACUUUGGACGCCAAACACACCGACACCUAUCAGAAGACGAAGAAAUUGAGAGAAGAACGGACCAAAGGGAAAGAUGCAAAUUUAGUGCGAGUUGGUUCAGUGGAGUCUGUAAUAAGCAUCAAUCGGUCAUCCGAACAUCAAGAGUCUGCUGAUAAGUUAGGCGAACUUGGUCCUUCGCUCGGAAUGAAGAAAUCUUCCAGCUUGGAAUCACUACAGACCAUGGUGCAGGAGAUUCAAAUGCAGGAAGAGAGUGAUCCAGCAUACAGUUACAGAGGACCUACUGGUGGCUUAAAAGUUAUUCGCGGCAGGGGAUGCGAAGAGAGUUUUAGAGCUGCCGUUGUCGACCCAAAUCAUCGAAGCGAAAUAGGUGCUAAAAAACAUUGGUUGUUAGACGGUCCCGUGGAGGAACGUGAAAUAGAUGGUUUUGCCAAUAUCAGAGGAGCUCCGAGGCAAUCAUCGUUAAACGCCGCUAUCGACAAUAAAAAUAAACCAGGAAAAAAGAAACCCGGCAUUUUUAAGGGCAUUGGGUCUAUGUUCAGGUUUGGGAAACAUCGAAAAAUCGAAUUAGUAGAACCCGCCCAACACUACCACCAACAUGCCGAGUUUGACACCAACGCCAACAUUCAGCAUUUACAUCAGACGCAGGGCAGUCAUCAGCAAAUGCCGCAGCAAGAUGGUGACAACCAGUCGCAGCAUUCGCAGCAAUCCGAUCAUCAAAAACCACUGAGUCAAAGAGAGAGAUUACAGCCUCAGCAAAGUUUGCAGUCGCAUCAAGAGGCUAACGCCCACCCACAUACAAAUAACCAUCAGCCUCAUAGAGAACAAUACCCAAGGGAGCAACAUAUUCAACGAGAACCUUUGUAUCAAAGGCAUGGGUUUAUCCACAGACAUGCCGAGCAAGUCCAGGUUAUACCCGAGAAUACGGUAGCUCCGCCUAUUAAAUACCGUCAAUAUUCAGACCAAAGACGACACGACAGAGAUUUUCAAAGGCAGAGAAUGAAUCAGAGACAUACAUAUUAUCAAUCAGACGAACGAGAUAAUAUUUACGAUCAAAAGCAUCCACAGAGGGUGGAUCAUAACAGAGAACCGCAGUAUGGGGAGUUUGGUCGGCCUGGAAGCCGUUCGGGUAUCACCGAAACUGUACCAUUCACUCACUACGUCAAUUACAACGAGCUGCAGAGUCAUAUUAGCCGCAAAGACCCUUUAUCUGAGAGUCAGAUAGUUCAGAUGCGCCUGCAGGUUCAACAACAAAGACUAAAGGUGGAGGAAGAGAGUCGAAAGCAACAUCAAUAUCAUUCCCAGCGACAGUCUAGACCUGACAAUCAGCUGAGACCUGUAUCGAAUUAUUAUGAAUAUGAAAGCGUCCAGUCAGUUUUAACAAAUAGAACCACACGUCAAACGAGUACUAACGUGAAUCAGCCCCCAAGUGGACAUAAUGGAUAUCAUGAUGUAAAUUUUAAUUCACACCAAAGGCAGCCACCGCCACAACUAAUGCAUGGACGAAAUUUAGCAAGCAGGAGUCAGCAGAAUAGAGGUCCAUUUGUAACUCAAGUAACAAUAGGUGAUAACCAAAAGAAUGGGACGAAAGUGUAAAUUUUUAGGUUAAGUUUUAUUCCGCUCAUGAAAGUGUAUCUUAAGGCUAUUGCCAUUUUAAAUUUAAUUAUUUUUACUGUAUAUAGAAAAAUAUAUUUUAUAUUGUAUAUAAUUAUAUAAAAAUACAAAUUUUAUUAUU